GUUUGUUGAUUCCUUUUUCCCCAACCCAUGAACGCUUGCAUAAACAACCUAGUGAAAGGGCAAAGACAUAACGAGGGACAGCAAACACAGGAAUAAACCUUUACAGGGUUUAUUUCCCUGCAAAGAUGAGCAGGAUUGCCAGCGUUUUACGGCGUACGUUUGGAAUAAUACGCGAUCACGUCGGGACAGAUCACCUGGGGAAUAAAUAUUACAUUAUCCCAGAGCAGAAGACAUGGACAGGAAGGCUCGUCCGUGCCAAGCGGAUGGUAGUGGCAGCCAAUCCUACAGAAUAUGAAUAUAUAGAAGGCAGCAUACCGAUAGAGUGGGAUGCUUGGAUCCGAGGCAGACGGAAGGAGCCCCCCUCUGUCGAGGAACUGCUGAAGAAUGAGACUUACAGAGAGCAAAUCAAACUGAAGGCCAAGGAGGUGGAGGAGAAAGAUCUGGCCCUACAGAUCAAGGAGUAUGAGGAAGGUCUGGUGGCGACUCCUGCAAAGACUUUGGCCAAGGGCCAUGCAGCCGCCACCAGCUUCGGCAAGGAGGAGAUCAGCGAAGACCCCACCAGCACUGCAAACACAUUCCAGCCUGGCUCCUGGAUGCCCAAUCCCAAAAAAUAAACAUCCACGUACACUGAAAGUGCAGUACAACGUAAUAAAAUCCAAUGGAAAAAGCCCGGCAAUAAAUACUAUGUGAAACCGAUAUUCACUUUUAGUUGAGACUUUGAAAUUUAAUGUUAGGGGCACCUUUCAGUAUAAUGCAAUCCAGGUCAACAAAAGGGGAAGUAUUUAUUUCAAGGCUGUUUUAUUGGAGUGAAUUACAUUAUACGAUGGUUUCUGUUUUUCCAGUCCCUCUGUGUGUAUUGUAGAUACACAAGACAAUAACCAUCACUCAUCUUGAAGUUGACUAUAAGAGACUACAAUGAAAACAAAUGGUUGUAGCUCCAGUAGUACAUGAACUAUAAAUACACUGUAUCGUGUUUAAGAUAUAUUGUAAGAAAUAAAAACAGACCAUUUCAAAUACAUCGAUAAAUAUGAAAUAACAGACCUCAAGUAUAUAUCAAUUAAAUGUCCCCUCAGACCUUUUUGACAUCAGAAAGAUGAAAAGUAUGACUUGUUGAGGGAGCACCUGAAAAGGCAUAUUUAUUCCUGUAGAUGAUAUCACUAUUAAAAUUUAGAUUGAACUCUAAAAUCAGAUAUGUUGGUGCCAUGAAACUGUAGUUACACGAAAUACGAUAUCCAUUUUUGUUGGAGGUGGUGUCUGCUGUUUGUAAAACAGAAGACAGAAGAAUGAAUAAAUGAAUGAAUAUGUUGCAUUUUA